AUGAAGGCUACAAUCCAUAUGAAGACGCCUCUGGGGAUCGAAAAACACGCUUCAAUCCUCUACACCAUUACUGCUUUCUAUAAAGUUCAGGAAGAAAUAUGUGCCUCCUGUUUCAAAUGUAUGGUGUUGAGUGUUAGAGAAGAUGGUGGAAUGUUACUCUAUGAUAUUAUGGAUGGAAAGAACAAAAUAUUUACUGUGGUGCACAAUGUAAAUGACCAUGAGGCCAAAUGCAGUUGCAAGAUGUUUGAGAUGGUUGGACAGUUGUAUAUACACAUAUUUGUGGUCUUUAGAGACCUUGAAAAGAUCCCUCUGAAGUAUGUGGUUAAUCGGUGGACUAAGGAUGCAUCUUUAAAGGCUUCAUUUGAAAUAGAUGGUGUCAUUUAUGAUCAGAAUAGACCAAAGGAUGAAAAGAAGAUGUUGUUGAACAAACUGUGGUAUGAUGUACACUGUUGUAUUGAUCUAGCAGGUUCAAACAUGGAGCAAUUGGAUGCAUUUUCGCAAGUGAUUAAUGAACAGAAACAGCUGCAAAUGUCAGGAAAGGAAAAGUUAUCCCCUCAGCACAGCAGGAAGACUGUUAUAGAAUCAUUUUGUGGAUCAAUAGAGAUUUCAGAGAUCAAUAUACUUCCACCGAAACAUGCAAAGAACAAGGGCAGUGGCAAACGUAUCAAAAGCAGCAAUGAGUUGGCAAUGGAAAAAGAAAAGAGCAGGAGGUGCAAUUUUUGUGGUGUUAGAGGAGAUCAACAUGACACUAGGACUUGCCCACUUAACUCCAAAAAUAAGGACAAACAACAGGGUAAGAAAAAGCAUCCGACAUGCUGCCAGCCUGCCACAAUGCUCAACUCUCAGCCUUGGAUGAUGUUUGGUUGCGGCAUGAUGAGCUUGAAGCUGAGAAUGACGAAUGAUGUUUCAGGUUUAGAAUGUGUUGUUUUUGUAGUUAGUUACAAUCACUACAAGCUGGAGGGCGAGGAAGAUGAAAAGGACAUAGAAGAUGAGGAAUAA